CAGCACCGUGAAGAAAAGCAGGGGACCCGCUGCUCUCUCUCCUCCCGCACGGCAGGACCGGGCGAGCUCGCCCCGCGGAGCGGCCGCCGCCGGGCAGGGCUGGCAAGGCCCUAGCCCAAGACACCUUCCCAGUGUGCAGGAGGGACCUGUGUGCGCUGCCCAUGGAGAUCCGACGCACUUUACCCCAGGAUAUCCGGGAGCUGCUGCACUGCCUGAAGAUGAGGAGCAAGUACGCCGUCCUGCUGGUCUUCGUCAUCAGCCUCGUCAUCAUCGAGAAGGAGAACAACUUCAUCUCCAGGGUGUCGGACAAGCUGAAGCAGUCCCCGCAGGCACUGGCAGAGGCCAACAGCACCGAGGGCAGCCCAGCAGCGGCCAAGAACGGCUCGCUGGCCUCGCUGCAGGAGCUGGACGCCGCCUUCUCCCAGCUGAGGUCGCAGCUGUACAACAUCACCCUGCAGCUGGCAGGUGACGGGGACCCCGGGCCACGGCGGCACGUCCUGCUGAUGGCCACCACCCGCACUGGCUCCUCCUUCGUCGGGGAGUUCUUCAACCAGCAGGGCAGCAUCUUCUACCUCUUUGAGCCCCUUUGGCACGUCGAGAAGACGGUGACCUUCCUGCCGGGAGGAGCCAGCGCGGUGGGCUCAGCCUUGGUUUACCGAGAUGUCCUCAAGCAGCUCCUCCUCUGCGACCUCUACAUCCUAGAGAACUUCAUCUCACCGGUGCCUGAGGAUCACCUGACGCCCUUCUUGUUCCGGCGGGGCUCCAGCCACUCGCUGUGCGAGGAGCCCGUCUGCACGCCCAGCACCAAGAAGGUCUUUGAGAAGUACUACUGCAAGAACCGCCGCUGCGGCCCCCUCAACAUCACGCUGGCGGCCGAGGCGUGCCGGCGCAAGCAGCACGUGGCCCUGAAGACGGUGCGCAUCCGGCAGCUGGAGUUCCUGCAGCCGCUGGUGGAGGACCCUCGGCUGGACCUGCGCAUCAUCCAGCUGGUGCGGGACCCCCGCGCCGUCCUGGCCUCACGCAUGGUGGCCUUCUCUGGCAAGUACGAGACCUGGAAGAAGUGGGCGUCCGAAGGGGAGGCUCCCCUGCGCGAGGAGGAGGUGCAGCGGCUGCGGGGCAACUGCGAGAGCAUCCGAGUGUCGGCAGAGCUGGGGCUGCGGCGGCCGGGCUGGCUGCGGGGCCGCUACAUGCUGGUGCGCUACGAGGACGUGGCGCGGGCGCCGCUGCAGAAGGCCCGGGAGAUGUUCCGCUUCGCCGGGCUGCCCCUCACCCCGCAGGUGGAGGAAUGGAUCGGCAAAAACACUCAGGCUCCCCACGACGGCAACGGCGUCUACUCCACGUGCAAGAACUCCUCGGAGCAGUUCGACAAGUGGAGGUUCAGCAUGCCCUUCAAGCUGGCGCAGGUGGUGCAGGACGCCUGCGCCCCAGCCAUGCAGCUCUUUGGCUACAAGCUGGCCAGCAGCCCCGUGGCGCUGGCAAACCGCUCCUUCAGCCUGCUGGAGGAGGCACAGCCCGCCUGGGUCACGUAGAGGCACUUGGAGAUGGCGGCGGGGCGGAACGAGGGGCUGUGGCCGUGCUCCCGGCCGGUCCGGAGGCGACCUGAGGGUCCCUGCUCCCGAAAAUGCUCCUCGCUGCUGCCAGAUGGCAGCCCCAGGAGCCGGAGCGUCCUGGCAGAGCUGGCCCCAGGGUCCUGCAGAGCCUGAAUUUCACAGUUUCUCCGGGAAUGGGGAAAUGGUAAGGGUGAGGGGCGGUGGGGUCGGCAGCAGGGCCGCCUCCCCAGCUCGGGAGCUGCGCUGAGGAAGGGGAGGGUGACGACAAGCAGAGGGGGACAGGACCAAGCACCUCUGCCUUGCCACCCCCCGUGCCAGCUGGGAUGGGGCAAGGACAAAACCCCUGUGGUGCCAGCAAGCACCCAGACCGCAGAGACCUUCUUGGUUUAGUGCCUUCAUACACCAGCACAGACUGGAAACUGCCCACAGAGCCCUGGAUGGCAUUUGGGCUACAACAAAAUGAGGUGACUAUGGUUUGGUGCUCUUCAAACUUGGUUUUGGAGGUUUGGAUUUUUUUUUUUGAUUUUUUUUUUUUCCUGUGUAUUUGCAUACCAGGUGGAUUUAUUUAUUUAUUAUGUGAAAAGGGUGGGGAAGCUGGUCAAGGAGCUAAGCCCAAAAAUCAGCACAAAGGGAGACACCCAGAACAGAGGUCACAUUUCAGCUGGAGACCACCACGUGUCCUCCUGUAUGAUCUUGGGAGAGCCCCCAGGCACUGACGGGGCUUUAAUCCUCCCCAGCCGCCGUGCAGCAGCGACUGCGAACUUGGCAGUGCUGAAAGACUUACCUGAUUAAAAAGAAAACAACCAGCACAGGGUCCAAAGCAUCUCCUGUCCCCUUAGUACUGGUGGGUGUCCCCUGUCCCGGGGGGAGCCCCAGAAAUACGUGCUAACAGCACUGGUGGGUGGCCAAACCUGGCAGAGGCCCGGGGAGUUUUGGGGUGUUUGCCAUGUGCAGGUGUUGACCCAGUGCUGAGCUGCCCCCUCCAAUUCACAUUUCAUUAAUUAAAAUGCCUAUUUUUA